AUGAGCUCUGCACUGGUGUGCCUGGUGCUCCUGGCGUCCCUGGGGGUCCUGCAUGGAGCCACAGAGACUAAUAAGGGCCAGACUCUUUCACAGGAUACACUGAAAGAGCUGUCUCUGGAGGGGGAGCGGUACGUGGAGGAGGAGGUGAGGAGGGCCCUGCUGGGGGUGAAGCAGAUGAAGGAGCUCAUGGAGCGGAACGAGGAGAAGCACGGCCACCUCAUGAAGACCCUGCGGCACAGCAGCGACAAGAAAAAGGGGGCAGCACAGCUGGCCAGGGAGGUGGAGCAGAAGCUGGGCGAGGCAGAGCAGCGCUGCCAGGAGCUGCUGAAGUCCUCCUGGGAGGAGUGCCGGCCCUGCCUGGAGGAUGUGUGCAAGGCCUUCUACACCUCCACCUGCAGACGGGGCUUCUCCUCCUUCUCCUACAAGGUGGAGCAGUUCUUCCAGAAACUGACCUCCCUGGCCAAUCAGGACCUGAUGGUGAACAGCAGUGCGGAUGAAGUGGACCUGGAGGUGCUGCAGGUGGAGGACUCCUUCGACAGGCUGCUGAGGAAGGUCGGCAGCCUCUAUGACCGGAGCGUGGUGUUAGUGACCAGCAUGCACCGGGAGUUUGACCAGGUGUUCCGGGCGGUCUUUGCCCCAGAGGCCAGCGGGGGCGCUGUUCAGCCGCCCCGGCCUCAGACCCCGGAGGAGCUGGACUCCUCAGACUUCUUCCAGGGCAUCGGGCUGGACGACGUGCUCGAGUCCUUCCUGGACUUCAGCAGGAACGUGCUGACGGAGUUCAGCUCGGUGGUGACGCAGGUCUUCGACGACAUUCACCAGAGCUUCCAGGAGACGGAGACCUCCCCUCGCUGGGUCCCGUCUCGGAGCAGACAGCUCUGCGCAGAUCUGCGCAGGCAGACGUCCGAGUGCUGGCAGCUGAGCGGCCAGUGUGCAGCCUGCCAGGGCACCCUGCUGGAAGGCAAGCAGUGCCCCAGCGUGCCAGACCUGCAGGUGGAGCUGAGCGAGGUCUCCCAGCUGCUCCAGGUGGCCUCCCAGCAGUACGAGGAGGUGCUGCAGAUCGUGAAGCACCACACCGACGACACCGUCAGCUGGCUCAGCAACAUGGCCUCCAGCUUCGGCUGGGUGGCUCAGCUCGCCCUCAACAGCACGGGGGAGCCGGAGAGCAUCUUCAGCAUCGCGACGGUGGUGCCCCAGGCAGCAGGGGGCUCUGAGCGCUAUGCGGCGGACAGCAGGGUGGAGGUGAACGUCCUGAGCUCCCCGCUGCUGACCCUCAGCGUACCUGCGGAGCUGCAGGUGGACGACCCCGCCUUCCUGCAGUACGUGGCCCAGGAGGCACUGGGGCGCUACAAACAGCUUCUCAGGCACGACGAAGACUGAGGUGACGCAGCCCUGCCUGUACCAACACGCUACCGCACCGAUCCCAACAGCAGUCCUACCGUCUGCAGCUCACACACUGUACAUUCAACACAAACACACUUGUGUGUCUCAGGUUCAUGGCGUACCUGGUCAACACAAAUCUGUAGUGUAUA